AAUCAAUUUUUGAGGCAGAAUCAAUUUCUUAACAUAAAACCAAACAUGUGAACAUUUAACUAAAGUUACAUUUGCUGAUAUUUCAUUGUAAACUUUGGAUGUUUCAACGUGAAUCUAAACACACACUUGUACACUUCAGAGUUUUCUCAGUUGUGAGGAAGUAUUAGCUUACUGUUUUGAGUGAGAGAAAGGGGGAAAAGUCUUUUAUUAUCCUUACUUUCACAGAUACACUCUUUGAUGACACCUCUUCUAUGUUCUGAAACUAACACCUUGGAUAACUUUGAAGUAGUGCCUGGAUCAUUUGCUGACUUGAAUAUGCAAAGCAUAAGGAAAUCUAUCUUGACUCGUGUGAAUUUGAGGAGAUCAACCGAAAGAUGGUUUUUGGCUGGGGAUGAGGGUGCUCAUAAGCAAUUGAGAUGUUGGUGCUCUUCAACAGCUGUCAGCUCUGAUCAAAUACUGGACCGAGUGAUUGCACUGGCCAAGAAAUAUGAUAAAAUUGAUGGCUCAAAGGUCACUGAAACAGCUGAUUUUCAAAAAGACUUGAACCUGGACAGUUUGGACCGAGUGGAACUCAUUAUGGCCCUUGAAGAAGAAUUUUCUAUUGAAAUCCCUGAUGAGAAGGCUGAUAAGCUUGCUUGCUGUGCUGAUAUUGCAAAAUACAUAGCAGAGGUUGAUCAGAAAAACCUGGAAAAGCCCUGACUUCUCAGUUUUGUUUAUGGGAUGUACAUUCCAUUUUUUGUGGCUGUGCUACAUGGAUCUCUCUUAAGUCAGCUUAGUUGCAUUAUGCAUAUUAGUUGAUCGACAGUUUGCUUCGUUCGGGUAGUUAUUGGUAGAAUGCAUAAGAACCCCAUGAUUUACAUGUUGAGUUUUAGAUCUGUUGAAAUGCACUGAUUCACUCAAUAAAAUAAUUGUGAAUUUUGUUUUUAAUCGACAAA